GGCCGCAAACAUUGAUCGCAGUGUGCCGACUGACUCGCUCGGCCUCGGACGGGCUGGGUGACGCUGUCGCCGUUCCUUCGACUGAGAUAGGGGCUUCUCCGCAUAGCAGAGCCCGCUAUCCCGCGCCUCCUCCUUCGCUCGCCUUCGGCGACAGCGAGCGCUGGUGCUGCUGGCCGGCUGGAAUGCCAAGCGCCUGGCUGCGCGACACAGCGUGCCGUCUUCUCGGACACAUUUGUUUCGUGCUGUAAAGUGUAGGACACUACGUGUGCUCCUGUCCCGUGUCACGGCACCGUCUCCCACUCUGAAGCACCGCCGUGGAAAGGGAAGCGAUGCACGCGCAGCCUUUAUGCUCCAACGCCUGCGUACUCUUUUGCGGGUUCUCUUCAUAGACUGGUCGGUGCUUUCUCUUCAUCAAAAAGUGGGUUGCGGCUGCUCGUCUCCACGUAAAGAUGUGAGCACCACGGAGUGAGUUUGGAUUAACAUAAAUGUUCCUCAUUUGCUUGCGCGGCAACCUCGAAUGACAGCUGGGAUUACCGCGAUGAUGAUGAUUGAGUGAUUAUCGUUAUCUUGCGGAGAGCACCUGAUCUACGCUGAUGACGGCGGUGGGCGAAAGCGUCUUCCGUCCGCAAAACGCGGAAUAAGGCCUGUUUUCUGAGUGGCUAACUGUCACGUGAUCGUCGAUCGGCGCACACUGUCGCUGCCACGCUACAAGUAAUCCCUGCUGCUCGAAGACAACCCCCUCAGUGCUGCAUUAGACCUAGGCUUACCCUACAAGCCCGUUGCCCUCUGUUUUGUGCAAGUGCCCUAAAAGAAGUCGCGAAAGUAUUGUGUUCAACAUUACGUAGUGGAUCAGUUCAAUUUGCAGCAUUUCUUUUUGUGUGACAAAAGCACGAUUGGAUAACACCAUGAGGCGGGUGAUCCUUGAGUCAUUCUUGCUGUGCCUCGUCGUCGGGCUUGAAGUGAAGGGGAAGCAUGUGACGGAGACGGCACCCACGGCUACCAAUGCAUCUGUGUUCCUGCCCGGAUCAGGGGCGUCCGAGGUGACCCGGACAGAGCACAGCUUUCGUUCAGCGCCGAGCGACUGGCGGGAGACUUCAGGAGUGUCGGCGUCCGCACCUCCCCCGCCAGGCAUCGCGUCGCUGGUGACUGGCGUGGGAGGCAGCAGCGGCGAGCCUCCGUCCCGGCCGACUGCGUACUGGGACGACCCCCACUUCAGGCCCCGCUUCGACAACAGCACCGAGCGGAACGUCACCGCACAGCUGGGCAAGUCGGCCUUCCUGCACUGCAAGAUUCGACAGCUGGGCGACAGAACGGUGUCGUGGGUGCGGCAGCGUGACUUGCACAUCCUGACGGUGGGCACGUACACGUACACGUCCGACCAGCGCUUCCACUCGAUCCACUUGGAAGGGUCCGAAGACUGGACGCUCGAGAUUCGCUACACGCAGAAGUGGGACGCCGGCGUCUACGAAUGCCAGGUCUCGACCGAGCCCAAAAUGAGCCUCAACAUCUCGUUGUCCGUGGUCGUGGCGAAAGCACGCAUCCCGGAAGGUAGUAACCUGUACAUCCAGAGCGGCAACACCAUCAACCUGACGUGCGUGGUGACAGACACGCGGACACCGCCCGUGUACGUCUUCUGGUACCACGAUGACCGUAUGAUCAACUACGACUCGAGCCGUCGGGAGGGCAUCCGCGUCGUCACCGAGAGGGGUCCCGCCACCACCGUCUCCAGGCUGCAGGUUCUUGAUGCAGCCACACGGGACUCUGGAAACUACUCGUGCAUACCAUCUUAUGCAGAUCCUGCAAACAUCACGGUCCACGUGCUCAAUGGAGAGAAGCCGGCUGCCAUGCAGCACGGACGCCAGGGCAACCUUGCCGAGCGGUCACUGUCAUCGCUGAUGCUGGUGUCGGCGGUGCUGCUUCUGCACCGACUCUUCUCUCACUUCGUGGUACACAGAUAGUCCGGCGGGCUUCGGGACAUUCGUUUCACGACUGAGCAGCGUAUCAGCUUGGCUCUGCCGUCGACCUAAGCAGCGAGAAUGUGUGCUUGACGGGACGCACUCCAGGAACGGCCGCUGUACACCGCCUCUGUGCUGGCGGACAGGGUUCCUCAGUCAACACCUUCAGUUGUUUUGCCCAUGUUUAUGCUCGACACGCAAGCAUUUCUCUUGGAUCUCGCCACGAGAGAGCCGUUCCGUGGAAGGAAAACCUCGAGAGUAAGCUGGCAGCAGUCACGUAUCAUCGGAUUUGUUCGUCCCUCAUUAGCGCGACCAGCUGCCACUUUGUCAUUCCUUGAAUAGGCCUGAAACUGGCUUCGACGCUUGUUUUCUGUCUGUGUAUUUACCCAGGAUAUUUCUUUUUCUUCAUGGCCAAUGUCACGGAAAGGACAACAACGUCGUCGAAUAUAAGAAAAAAUGGCACAGGAACAAGAAAUCUAUGCGCACACUUUAGAAAGGCCUCCUGUUAUGUAACCAAAUUAAACGAAAGUCUUGUUUCAAUGGCUGGACGUGUCGUGCAACACAUUUCCCGUCAAAUAUAAUGUGCAAGCUUUGAGAAUAGAAACGUUUAGAAUCACUAUACGGAUGAGUAAACACUCUGCAAGUAUCAUGCGUGCGCAUAUCCGAAUAUUUAGUGGCGAUCCCAUAAGUGAGAAAGAGUGCCCUGGGAGUUCCCUCGAGCUUGGUGAACCGAUGCCGUGCUGCAUUUCCGCAGGGUCAUGUGCGUAUUCCAUUGACACUUUGUCGCAGAGAAUAUUGUCAUCGGUAAAAAAAAUGCCAAAUCAAUCACACGCAUAACUGUCACGAAAGAAGCCUUUGUUGGUAGCGCAGGUGGUGUUGUCUCAAAUGUUUACAUGAACGAUCUGUAUACGCACCGCUAUUUCACAUUUUCUGUCAAGCAAUGCUGAGUUGUAUCGACGUUUCCUGUUGCGUUUUUUUUGUCAAAGCCUGCGCUCUGUUGGACAACGUACUUAAAUCUUCCAACACGUUCUAUUCAGUAUAUAUAUAUAUAUAUAUAUAUAUA